UAUUAAAAGUGGGUGUACAAGUAUUAUCUACAAGUAAAAUUAUCUAUGAUAUUCAAUAUUUGCCCCAUUUCACAAGCUGCAAUUAGUGUUUAUUUAGUGAGGUGAAGUUAAACGUUAUAAAUUGCACAACUUUUUGGUUUAACAAACGAAACAUCUCAUAAAACCAAAUAGACAUAAUCGUAACACCCAACUGCCUCUUUCCUUGUCCAUUUCUUCACUGAUCCCUCAAUAUUUACGACGAGAACAAGAGAGAGAGAGAGAGAGCUCUCGGUGUCUCGAUCCCACCCACGCACUCAUGCGCUCAUAAUAUCCCACCCACCUGAUGCGCAAGAAGCACCAGAAAACGCGGGAGAAAACACGGAGCACUGUUCUCGCACUGCCAGCAAAACAACCAACCACUUGUGAGGACCGAUCGACCGAUCUGGCGCCGAUCGCGCUCAGUAGAGUUUCUGUGUGCGUACGAGUCGCAGCCGACGACGAUUUGGGCGAAAGAUCACAGCAGCGUGCGUGUGCGUUGCGCUUCUAAAUUAUUCCGCGAUACUGUGACCUUACGGCCGGGGCCACUCCGUACGCUUUGGCCUUUCCCGUGGCAGACGAAGAUUGCCCAAUACGCAGACACACACACACCGUCCAACAGGUUGCAUCUGCUGCUGACGUCUUUCGUGUGUUGCAUUUGCAUGCAAAGGGCCUGACCUUUACGCUGUAGACAAAAGGGUGGUGGUUCGUUCUUGUUCUUGAUCUUCUAUUCUCAGCCGUUGAUGAAGCGUGAUAAGUGACGCGAGUGUCGGCACGUUUUUCACUGCUAGUUUAUUUGCGUUUCUUAUGGCCGCAAGUGUCGUUUAUUUAUGUACAAGAAACGUGUUGAAUCGGUGCGCUGUGGUGCAUAUAAUUGUGAGCUUACCCGUGCUGUUCAAAACGAAUCGUUGAAGUGAUUAGUGAUCGUGUGAAUUGUAAAAAAAUAUAUUUAACAACAAAAUAGUUUGCCAACAAUUCAAAAUCUGAGUCUCAGUGUAGUGUUUGAGUUCUCUUCUGCUCGCUGUAAAAUUCACCGCAACAAUCCACCGGGCAGAAUUCUGCAAAAGCAUCUAAUCAACCUGUGUAUAAAAAAGGAGGAAAAAACACACACGCACAACAUGAAUCUGAUGUUCCGGAAAAACAUGCGCGAGGGCGGAGGUCGCGCUGGGGGCGGUGGAUCGAAGAGUAAGAUGACCGGCCGGCAUCAGCGCAAGACGCGCGACAGCUACGGUGGGGCCGGCUCGGACGAGUACCACUACCGAACGCACAUCUUCUUCUCGCCGGCACACGUCAAGCAGGACAAUGAAGUAAGCUUCGGCGGGCAGCCGGGCAGCGGUGGGUUCGUCAGCUCCCGCAGUGAACCGAUCUCGCUGGCAACGCUGGAUAAGGACUGCUUCAUCAUUCCGGUCCACAGCCUGGACCGCUUCCUGCCGGCAGGAAUUCCGCAACUACCGACGCCGGAAACGGCCGACCCGUCCCAGGUCGGGCCGCUCAGCGUGCUCGAGGUGUCCGAUCCAAAGAUCUGCAUCCUAGCCCACCUAAUGAGCCCGCUGGAACCGAUCGAUCCACUGCUGGAGUCGCCCCUAGCCCACCCGCUCAUGAAGCAGCGUGCCGUCGCGUCCGAGCUGCUGAACGAGGUCCAGCAGGGCAACAAUGCCGUCGGCGGAAUGCUGCUCGCCAACAUGGAGCGAAGUUCCGCCGAAUUUCCCUUCAUCGCUUACUAUGUGAUAAACACCACCCAAACCGAUCCCGCCAUGUUCUACACGGGUGUGCGCGGCGCUUCGCUGUCCAAGUUUGAGCCGAAAAACACGCGCUACACCGCAGCCCACACGCUCGACCUGUACAGUGAGGUGGCGUCCAUCUGCCGGCCACCGCUAGCGCUCGCCCCGAACGAGAUCGGCAGCGUGAAGAAGGGCCAAACGCCCUCCACCGGGUAUAUCAUUAGUGUCUACAAGGUGUACGAAGGUGAUGAUGGAGAACGCUUCGAGCGUAACUGGCUGUACUGGACCGGUGCCAGGAUGAUUUACAGGUACCUUCCCAAAACGGCCGGUCUGCGGAGAAUAACGCUUCACAAAAGUGUAUCGUCGCGCGGCGACAAGAUGUAUCUGCUGCUGUGCGAAUGUGCCGACCUGCUCAAGGAUCUGUCGGCGGCUGCCCUGCUCAUACCGGCCCUUCGCGCACGGUUAUGUGGCUACACGGGACUGUACCGGCCAAUUCAAACCUUCUGAAGCCUCCGCCAUCGUUUCCAUCCAAUCGGUAAACUACUUUUCCGCGCUCUGAUAACUUCUACUGACACACGCCUGCCAAUCGAACGUGUUGCGCUUGUCCAACAGAAGAAGAAAAAACAACAAAUUCCACAAAACCAUAGGCGCAAAAAAGCAACACAAAAAAUGCAAAAAUGGUUGUGUAAUUGUGUAAUCAUCAAUACAGUAGGGUAAGUAAAAUUUCACUCGCCACAGAGCCUGCACACGGCUCAAUAUUAUCUUCUCCUGAAAGUGCUGAGUAAACUCGAAUAAUGAGUUGCGGCACCAGAGCACACGAUAGAUAGCGCAUCGACAGUAGCUGUGUGUCCUUUACAUCAAACAAUUCAAUUUAUCGAAUGAUUAGUACUUAAUAAUUUAAUGGAAAAAAGCAACAACCAUCACGUCUCUAGUGAUUUUGGAAUACGCGCGAAAGUUAUAGAUAAAAAAAAAAAAACAAAACUCACGCCCCACAAAUAAUAUUGCGCUUGAAGGGAAUAGAUAUAUUGUACAAAUAGGGUGCAGUAGAAGACCAAAAACCAAACCACUGUGGUAACGCAGUCUGGUUGCCUACUCUCAGGCGUUUAAGAACAACAGACAAACAGACAAACAGCAAAACUUCUACUGCAUAACACUUAAGUCACUACGCCGUGCCAGUAGCAUAUGAGUAUAGUUAAAACAGUCACAGGCCGUCGUGGUGUCGUAGAUGGAGGAAGCGGCCAUACACCAUACUGCCAACGUUGGCCCUGGAGACCGUGUUAGUAAUAUUCGUUUGAUAUGAAGGAUAAGUUUCACCACACCAAAACCACUCAACUGCAAGCGGUAGUUGAAUUAUCGAUGCGCCAAAAUACUUACAAAACUUACGCAGACCGCAGGCAGCCGUAGUUUUACCGAACAAACGAAAAAAAAAAAUACACAAAAACAACCACCAGGAAUGAGAUGGUUUCACACGACCGCAAUGGAAUACAAUCAUGCUGAUCUGAUUAGUUCGUAUUUACAUAAGCGUCCUUUUCCAUAUACAACGUUGCAUCACAGAAGAAAAGAAAACCCAAAUUGGCUGCAAAACACACCUGCAAACUGUAAAAUAGGAAUCUAUAAAACAUGGAACUUAGUUCUAUUCCUACUCUCGUAUCUAAUAUAUUCUCUUUUUUUUGAAUACAUAUAAGCCUAACACAUAUGCCUACAGACAUGAAAACGUGACAUAAACGAUUUUCAAAAAUGUUUAAAUAAACCUUCUUUUUACUGUUCAUCAACGACACCUCUUCAACUCACAGCUUGCAGCCUUAUCGACAUAUUUAAACACACUCCAAACGGUACGACAAUUGCUCAAUGAUGCCCGAAGGUUGAGGGUCGCCGGAAGAUUGAUACAAGUUUAAAAAGAGCUGUGGUCCAAAUUUGUUGUUAGUUUUUGUGCAUAAGUUCGUAUAAUAUCGUAUGAUGAAAACAGAGCCUCAAAAGCGUGUGCACCCACAUUUGUUAAGGAAUAUUUUUCCCUCUACUUACUGAAUAUGCUUUAACGAGAUAUCGUAACGAUGAGCACGAUCAACACUAGUGCCACCUAACAUAGUUAUUUAAAGGCAAAUCGAUUAACUGCAGAACAUAUUUGUCAAAGAACUAUAAAAAGAAACAUAUUUUAAAGGCAAAGUACACCAAAACCACAAGUGGGAGUGUAAUUCAGCAAAAGCAAACCAGCUAGCAAACGCUUCUCUAAGAGAAACGAAAAAGUUAAUGAGAAAAAAAACAACAAACAAACAGUGAAAUGACCAAAGCGUCGUAAAAAGAAGUAUAAAAAUUUGGAAGAAGUAAAUAAAAAGAUAAAAACAAACACAUGGAUCAAUAUAUUUAUAAUGCUUCCGACGGUAGUAGGUACGGAGAAACCAAGCCACUUCUUGCCACAAACAAUGUUACCAUGCAAACAAAUGCAUACGCUUUGCUCGUCUGAGCGAUCCGAUAAGCUGUCUAGAUAAGCGAACGUAAAGAAAUGUGCUUAGUUAUAGAUAAAAAAGGGGGCAAACAAUGUGCUGAACAAGAACGAACAUAGGAACGAAAAAUGUAGCGAAAAUCGUAAAGCAAGAAUUAGAAAACAUUACAAAAAAAUGUAUAGCCCGGCAUAAGAUUUUUUAUAACCGAUUUCAAAUUUCCAAUUUUACUAGAGUAGUAAAACAAGAAAAACGUAUAAUGGAAAGAUAGCGGUAAAAAGCGAAUUAGAACGAACAACUAUUGCAAACAAAUACACAAAAACAACACGAAAACAAAAAAACAUGUCCCAAAUUGUCGAAAGCGAAAAGAUAAAGAGAAGAGAGAAAGAAAGAAAGAUAUAAAUACGCUUAUAUACAUAAAUGCCGAAACUCUCUUUAACUCUUUCCUUCUUUUGAUAGAGCUUUAGAAACGGUUGGAAACAUCUUUAGCCCAUCCUCUGAGAUAAGAAUAGAGCAGAACUGUAAAGAGAAUCGUAAAACACACGUAUAAACUGCGAUCGUUUUGUGAAGGUUUUUUUUUUUGUUAUUUGUGUGCAAACAUAGUUUUUCAACAUUUUUGUGACCAAAAUAUGGGAGAUUACUUUCGAAUUAGAUCGAUACAAAAACCUGAUAACUUACGUAUGGUUCACUUUCUCUCCACUCAUUAUCGCAUUUUUUAAAGCAUGCUAAAAAAUACACACAAAAUAAUGGAAAAUGUACAACCGAGUCAAUAAAAAGGAGGAAGAAAACACCUUCUCAAAUCGCUAAUCGUCACGAAAGGUCUAAAAAGACGAAGCAAAUAAACCCAAAAUCAGUUUAGAAAAUAAAAACCUCCGCGAAGGAGGAUGCGAUUUAACCCAUUAAACUUUCUACUUAUCGCUUGUAAUCGCAUAUAGCGCAAUGCAAAAAGCAAAAUGGGCCAGUCAGGAUGUCAGAUCGUUCAUGCAAAACUUUACCUUGCAACGGAGCGCAAAAGAUGGCAAGAGAGGCAAGUUGCAAAAGGUGAAACCGAAGAACAGAUGGAAAAUGGCCCCGACAAAAAAAGCCCCAAAAGAAGAAACACACUUUAACGAGAAGAAGAAAAAAACUUGCAAUGCUGUGAUACUGAUACAUUUUAAUGAAGUUAAUUAAAUCUAAAUGCCCAGCAUUCGCUGGCUGCCCUGCCCCUGCUGCCGCCGUUUGCUGCUGUCGCUCUGGCACCGCACCGAUUGCUGCUGCACACUAACACGUUCGUUCGUUUGUUCACCCGGUCCCGGGGUACGGAAGAAAAGAGCAAGGUGGGGGGACACGUUUUGAGAAAGGUCAGGGUGGUGGUGGUGGUGGUGGUUAUUGGCGCGAAUGGUUCAAGAUUUAUCAAAUUACACCUAACGGCGCAGAGAACAGAACCGCUUCUAACUCUUCGUUGUUUCGUUACGUUUAGAGUUUGUUCGAUUGUUAGUUCUUUUUAAAUGGCUAAUUUUUUACUCAUUUAGUUUCUUCUUUUUUGCUAUUUUCUUAUAUAAAGUUUAAAAGACUAUUUCGUAGCUAUCAUUUUAUUUGCGCAAUUGCAAACUGUCCGACAGUAAAUUUUCAAAAUUUAACCACUUUGAAUGUUUUACCACCCAAACAAUGUUUAAACGUACCUAAAAGUUACCGAAUUAUUGUGAUUUUAAAUUGACACAGCUACAAACAAAAGUCUAUAACAGAGUGGCAACAUAAAGAUGAACACUGGGAAAAGGGAAAAUCACAACAAGAUGAAGCAAAAAAAAAACCAGCAGAGCCGAGGAAUGUUGAACAAGCAUCCCACAGAUUCUAGAACAGUUGAUCAGAUGGAAAUAAAGCAGCCAUGUAAGAACAAAUAAGAAAAUAAACCAAUAAACAAAUUA